AACACAUGGAAAAGCAAAACAAUAAAUUCAAUAUUGGAAAUAUCCAAACAAUUAUUAACUCAAAACACAUCAAUCAUGAAAAGACAAGAAGCCUUAGAGGUCAUGCUUUAUCCUAAUAAUAAGGUUUAUGAAGAAGCCAUUCAAAAGGAACUUGAAAUCCUCUGCCUAGACAAAAUGGAACGAUACAGAAAAGGCACUAAAUGGGAGGCCCUGUUUAAUAAAAUUGAAAAUGUAAAAUCAAGCGAUGAUAUAUGUUGGUGCUUGGAAAACUUAGAUACAAUGGUAGAAGAGAAAGAAAAAGCCUACCUCCAAAUGGUUGCUAAAAAGGUGUUUGGUAGGCAAAUUACCAAUAACCAAUAUGCUGUUACACGGGCUGUCUUGCAUAACUUUUUUAAUCCUAAAAUCAUUAAAAUCAAGUUUGAUGAGAAAUACUUAAUGUGA